AUGAUGGAAGCUGGUACUCAGGUCUCCAAUGUUUUAGAUGAUCAAUCUAGGUUGACGCCCAUGGAUCCGAUGGCUUCAAGCUCCCUUCAUAGUGCUCAAAACUCAGAUAGAGAAAUGAGCACACAAAGCCCUGAUGGCGCGUCUCCAAAGUCAGAACAUCAGGCAGCGCCGUCUACAAGGAGGUCCAAGGCUUGUUCGAACUGUCGAGCUCUCAAGGUACGAUGCAUCAAUUCAGACCCAGAUGAUCCUUCUGCGCCUUGUGUUAGAUGUAAAAGGGGCCACAAAGUUUGCGUUUUCAAUCUUGGACCAAGGAAAAGAACGAAGAAAACGGAUACUCGAGUGGCAGUACUUGAGAAGAAAUUGGAGCUAUUAUCUGCUGCACUGCACGAACAGAAUAAUGGCGGGACUGGGCCUUCGAGUGUAUUAGUUCCAAAAGUUGGGGGGCCAUCUACAAGUGUUGGCUCACUACCAUCACAUUGGCAAGGGCAGUCUGUUUCUUUCCAGCCGACGAACACAAACAAUCUAAAUGGAUCGACAAACAACACUAAUGUUAGCAACUCCAUGGCUAACCAUCAUCAAAAUCAAACUAUUACUAAUAACAACCAAACUAAUAAACCUGCAUCUUUUGCUAUACCUCAACAGCAUCAGGUACCACCUCCACCACCGAUGACUUUUGACAGUAUCAAGCGCACCCCGUCUAGUACGGGUGGUCCAAUUACUCCAGAAGGUGGCCAUUACCAUUACGUAUCCCCAGGAGGGAACUAUCAUAAGUCGAGCUUGCAGACGUACGAAUCGAUCAACAGUAGCACGCCAGAUGAUUUUGAACUAACGUAUACCAAAGACGACAAUUCUUCUGCUCCUCGAGUGGAUACCGGUGUUAAUGUAGAGACGAUGAGAGAGGAGAUGCUUCGGUCAUGGACGACACUAGCCGAGAGAUCCAACAAAAGACUCGAACUACUAAGUGUAUCAGCUGUGCCGAAAGUGCCAAAGUAUGAGACGGAUGUUGUUGCAAACGGCAUUCUUUCUGAGGAAAAUGCUCAAGCAAGGCUCGACAUGUUUAGAAAUGUGGUGUACCCGGUGUACCCAAUAAUGGUGCUUCCCGAUGAUUUAACUGUAGAACAGUUCAGGAGAGAAAAACCACUCCUUUUUCUCUGUGUAAUGUCAAUGACUUCUAUGGUCCAGCGCGAUCCGUCGCAAUUCGAAAGCUCUUUAGCACUACAUAAUGCUGCAUAUGAAGCUAUUAUAUACGAGACUAUGGUUUUAGGGUCUAUGACUUUUGAACUCCUACAAUGUCUGAUCUUGCUGACAUACUGGUAUAACGAACCUGAAUUCUAUCACCGCCAAAAAUCACAUAUCCUAGCCAAUCUCGCCGUGACAAUAGCACAGGAUUUGGGUAUUAGUGGUGGCACUGUUCCUAGCAAUCCUGCAACAAGCCUGAGGUUUGAGAAAAUUGUCACUCCGAACGUACUGAUAGAUUCAGGUAAUUUGGAAUGCCGUAAACUAUGGCUUCUAGCAUACAGUGCGAAUAUGAACGUUCUUACUGCCAGCAGGAAGUCACCUUCUGCAGUCUGGAGUGAUUACAAUGAUGAGUGCUGUCAGUUAAUUCAAAAUUCGAAGGAGGUCCCUAUCGCAGAUAAAAGAAUUGCAAAUAUUUCAAAAUUGGCACAUGUUUUUGAAGACAUAUCAAAAGCAUUUUACACGAAAAGCAAGGAACAGGGCCCACCCAAUCUUUCUGAUAUGAAGACAAAAUUCCUGUUGAUACAUUUUGAGCAUCGCUUAGGAAAUAUUAAUAAGUCAGCGAAGCGUGCAGGGCAGUGGUCUCCAUCUUUUGAUCCAUACUACCAUUCAAUUAAUGCAUAUCUUCAUCAGGCACCACUAUAUGUGAAAUAUUCGGCUUCGCUUGGACGUUCACCAUUUUCUGAGUACAGUUUAGCGAUCGACAAAACCUCGUUUUCUCAAGAUGAAGUCGAGUGUAUAUUAGAGUGUCAUACAUCGGCUGUCAAGGCUCUUGAAAUUUUUAAUAGUUUUGGUGUUGAACAGUACGCUAUGCUUCCUAUGUUUAAUUACACAAGACUAGUUUUCUGUGCUUCCAUCUUGUUGAAAACUCUUGGGCUAUCUAUGUGUAAUAAGGCGUUUAGAGACGUUUGCCGUGUUCCAGCAGGUGCAUUAUCUUUAGUAUACGGGGUUCUUGAUAGACUGACCCAGGUAAAUAUUCAGUAUCCUUUCUCCAAUUCUGCGACAUGCUUCAGUUUUGUGAUCAAACUGCUGUUGUGCCAUUUUGAUGGGCAAGUUCAAUACUUUCUCUGUGAAAGAAAUGUCGAGAAGCGUAAUAUACCAAAUUUACAGGUUAGUUCUCAAGCUAAUUCUAUGGAUAACCAAAUGACACAGCAGCAACAGAACCAAGUACCAAUGCAACCUUUGCAGACUGUCGGUCAAACACAAUCGCAAUCACAGGCUCAACAGGCUCAAAUGCAACAAUCACAAUCACAGGCCCAGGCUCAAAACCCAAAUCUUUUGUACCCCACAACUUCAUCUAUCCUGUAUAACACACUCUCCGGAGUUAACGGGUCAAAUGGUGUGCCCAACAAUGUGAACUUGAAUAAUUCGAUUCCAGGCUCGCCAUUAGAAGUCCUUUCGGCUGUUGCUCUGGACCCAAAUCAGCGACGGUCCGCAGAACCACCAAAUACAGAUGUCAACCCACCAAAGCAGAGGAGUUCUAGUGCAGAAGAAGAGGAAUAUCCUGUCUGGUUUGUCAGCGAUGAUUUCUGGAAGGAUCUUGUACCUAAUGUUGAGGCUUUCUCAGGUUAUGAUAUGAUGUGA